GAGCCGGCGAGACGCGGUGCCGGCCUCUCUAGGCUGCGGGAGAGCGCGGUGGCGCCUCGCUGGUCCUGCGGUGGGCGAUGGGGUUCUGGCGCAAAGCGCUCAUCUCAGUCGCGGUCCUGGGCGCGUGGGCCGGCGUGGGCUCCGCGCUCUUCGUCCUCGUGACCCCGGGAGAGGAGCGGGUUCAGGCGAUGCUGAAGGAGAUGGCAGGACAGGACUUUCGGAGCCGCGAAGAGGCGGCCAGGACCAAGCAGUUAGUGAUGGCCGCUCUGCAGGAGGCAGCUGCCACGCAGGAGAAUGUGACCUGGAGGAAGAACUGGCAGGUUGGCGGCGACGGCGGGAAGUCGGCGUGAGCCAGACCUGCAGCCUGGGCACCGGAGUGGGAGGCAGCCGUUCUCCUCCAGGGACCUGGCGGGGAGCCCGGGCUGCGGGAGCUGCCGCCGGGUGAGCACUUCCCCCCAAACCCUGCACUGACUGCGCGUUCCUGUCCUUCCCGCGGGCCGGCGCCAUCGGAUGUGGUGAACUGAAGGAACCAGUAAAUCACGUUCUUUCAUCCAGAAAGCGAGCCGUGAGGUGUGACGCCUGUAAUGUCUCCGGUUGUGGGGUCGGUUCUGAGGGCUGGGGUGUCCGCAAACCGGUGCCCGCUUCCCAUGGGAGGCCGAAGCCCAAUAGACACAGCGAUCACGUCUUCAAAACAC